GGGGCGUGCGCGGAGUGUCCCGGAGCCAGUUUCUGUCUCUGCUGCGCUGUCGGGGGCCCCGCGGCCGGUGGCUUCGCGGAGCUGGACGGUGCGGAGAGGAGCCGGGCCUCAGCGUCCGACCGCACCUACCGCGACGCCAGCCAGCGAGAGGCGCGUGGCGAGUGCUCGGCUGGCCGGGGGCCUGGUCUGGGUGGCCUAGCGCCCCCGCCCGAGACGGCGGGACGGCCGUGGGCGUCUUCUGGUGACGUUUGUGUAAAUAGCAGAAGUCCUUUGAUCCGCAAACCUGGUACUCCACGGACAUGCAGCUGAGAACAGGAUUGUUGAUAUCCGUCCCCUUCCAGCGCACUGUGGGGGGGCCUGUUACGAAAAUGAGGUCCUUUGCCCGAAGGUCCUUCCCACGGAAGACGAGGCAGCUGUAGUGAUACCCAGAUGUCGAGAGUCCCGGAGGAUGCGGGAACGCCGCCCGGCAGGGUCGCUGGAGUCCCGGGGAACCCCAAGUCAGAGAUGGGCGUUUUCCCUCCUGCGCCUGGAUUAUACUCCUGGGUAAACGACCGACGUGAAAACCCAGUGGAAGGCUGCGGAAGACGGGCGUUGGACUGAAGUUCAGUCUCCAGUGAACCUUCCCCCGAACCUAAUUUUACUUUCACGGUGUGGGAGGGGCCCCGGAGGCCUGUGUGAGCUGGAGCCCAGCACAGUCACGGCCACAGAGCUGUGGGGCGUUUUUGCCCCAGCGUGAUUGUCCCCGCGGUUGGCUGGAGAGGCGUGCGGCUCGACUAAUGAUUACCUUGCUGGCUUGGUCUCCGAACUCACCAGGGGAAAUGGUGAAAAAUGCAAAUUCCAGGGCCUCCCUCCAGACCCUUGGAAGGAGGAUCCCCAGGGCCCUCGGAGAUCAUUUUCACAAGGCCCGUCCCGAAAUGUGGUUUGGUCUGGUUCUGUGGGAUCGGUCAAGUGCACAAACCCCUUUGGGUCAGCGUUUGGGGAGAAUCUAUCACGCGGGAAUAUUUAGACAAAAAAAGGCCCGUGGAGCUGAAGAUGGAUCAUGCUUUGCUUCUCGUCCAUAACGAACUUGAGAGACACCUGACUGUCUACUGGAAAUCGGAAUGCUGUUACCAGUGCUUGUUCCAGGUUCUGGUAAAUGUCUCUCAGAGUGGAAAAUCUGGGAAGCCCAGCACUGCAGCUGUGUCUGUCAGCACCCAGCACGGAUCCAUCCUGCAGGUGAAUGACACCCGGGAAAAGAAGGAAGUCUGCAGGCUAGAAUACAAAUUCGGCGAGUAUGGAAACUAUUCUCUCUUGGUAAAGCACACGCCCAGUGGAGUCAAUGAAAGCGCUUGUGACCUCGUUGUCAAUGAGGAUCCAGUCGAUAGUAAUCUUCCUGUGAGCAUUGCAUUCCUCACUGGUCUCGCCAUUGUCAUUGCGGUGUCCUUUCUGAGGCUCUUGUUUAGUUUGGAUGACUUUAAUAAUUGGAUUUCUAAGACGAUAAAUUCUCGAGAAAUGGAUCGCCUCAUCAACUCUGAGCUGGGAUCUCCAAGCAGGGCAGACUCUCUCGGCAGUGACGCCCAGCCAGCCACAUGGCACCUGUCCACCCACCCACCCCGCCUCCGCUGCGUGGACACAUUCAGGGGGAUAUCUCUCACCCUCAUGGUCUUCGUCAAUUACGGAGGAGGAAAAUACUGGUACUUCAAACACUCGAGUUGGAAUGGACUGACGGUGGCGGACCUUGUAUUCCCAUGGUUUGUAUUUAUCAUGGGAUCUUCAGUUUUUCUAUCAAUGACAUCUGUACUGCAGCGGGGAUGUUCAAAAGGCAGACUGCUGAGGAAAAUUGCCUGGAGGAGCUUCCUGUUAAUCUGCAUAGGAAUUAUCAUUGUGAACCCCAAUUACUGCCUUGGUCCAUUGUCUUGGGAUAAGGUGCGGAUUCCCGGCGUGCUGCAGCGGCUGGGAGUGACCUACUUUGUGGUUGCCGUGUUGGAGCUCCUCUUUGCAAAACCUGUGCCUGAGAAUUGUGCCUCGCAGAGAGGAUGCUUUUCCCUUGGAGAUGUCACCUCCAGCUGGCCCCAGUGGCUCCUCAUUCUGACGCUGGAAAGCGUCUGGCUCUGUUUGACGUUCUUCUUACCAGUGCCAGGGUGCCCUACGGGUUAUCUUGGCCCUGGUGGUAUUGGAGAUUUGGGGAAGUAUCCAAAUUGCACUGGAGGAGCUGCUGGCUACAUCGACCACCUGCUUCUGGGAGAGAAUCACCUUUACCACCAUCCUUCUUCUGCUGUGCUUUAUCACACAGAAGUGGCCUAUGAUCCAGAAGGAAUUCUGGGAACCAUCAACUCCAUUGUGAUGGCCUUUUUAGGAGUUCAGGCCGGAAAAAUACUGUUAUAUUACAAGGACCAGACCAAAGACAUCCUGAUGAGAUUUGCUGGCUGGUGUUGCAUUCUAGGGCUUAUUUCUGUUGCUUUGACUAAAGUUUCCGAAAACGAAGGCUUUAUUCCAGUAAACAAAAAUCUCUGGUCCAUUUCCUACGUCACCACACUCAGCUGUUUUGCCUUCUUCAUCCUGCUCGUCCUGUACCCGGUGGUGGAUGUGAAGGGGCUCUGGACAGGAGCCCCAUUCUUUUAUCCAGGAAUGAAUUCCAUCCUGGUGUACGUGGGCCACGAGGUGUUCAAGGACUACUUCCCCUUUCAGUGGAAGCUGGAGGACAGCCAGUCGCACAAGGAGCACUUAAUUCAGAACAUAGUCGCCACUGCCGUCUGGGUGCUCAUCGCCUACAUUCUCUACAGAAAAAAGAUUUUUUGGAAAAUCUGAUAGUCCUGCAAAGAUGUGUUGCUGGAAGACUGGGGGGAAUUAAUGAAGCAGCCUUUAUUAUUAAAGGGAAUCAUUAAUCAUAAAA